AUCUUGUUUAUAGUCUGCGACAGUCGUCGCGCUGACGCAACUGCUUGUUUCUGACGCGCCGGUGAUCGGAGCCAGCGCGCUCGCCUCCACAAGCCCCAGGUCAAAGCCCGCCGCGGCAGUUCGUGUCUCGAAAGCUUUUCUCAAAACCUCGCCGUUCGCAAUGUCUGGACGCGGCAAGGGUGGCAAAGUCAAGGGAAAGAGCAAGACCCGCUCUAGCCGGGCCGGGCUGCAGUUCCCGGUGGGUCGUAUCCACCGUCUGCUACGCAAGGGAAACUACGCCGAGCGCGUAGGUGCCGGUGCUCCGGUCUACCUGGCGGCUGUCCUGGAGUACUUGGCCGCCGAAGUACUCGAGUUGGCCGGGAACGCAGCCCGCGACAACAAGAAGACUCGCAUCAUUCCCCGACAUCUGCAGCUCGCCAUCAGGAACGACGAGGAGCUCAACAAGCUGCUCUCGGGCGUCACCAUCGCGCAGGGUGGUGUGCUGCCCAACAUUCAAGCCGUCCUGCUCCCCAAGAAGACCGAGAAGAAGUCUUAAACACAGCGCACGGUUCCGCUGACCUCGCCAGCUAAUGUAUCUCAAGCUGGAUGGAGUAACCAGACGUGUUCUCGUCAGGCAUAACGCGGGGCUGUUUUUAAAAGUUGCUGGUGUCACUUUUUUUUUUUUUCCUGUAAAUAACUCGAGGUGAAAUUUGUGUUGUCCUGUGUAUAGAACUGUGCGUGAACUUGUCCGUGCUCUGUGAUCGCGCUGUAUGUGUUCUGCUGGUGGCAGUCUUUCACGUCAAUAAAAUUCCCAUCUCAUCUGCCUA